GCUUUUUGCGAGAUCAUCUGCAGCAACAAACCUGCUCCAGAAGGUGAAGACAGUCUGUCCUCUCUGCGGGUCAUGGAGGUCUCGUCUCACAGCCUCUUCCUGCUGCAGCAGCUCAACGUCCAGAGAGAGUUCGGGUUCCUGUGUGACUGCACCGUCGCCAUCGGCAACGUCUACUUCAAAGCCCACCGAGCCGUUCUGGCUGCUUUCUCCAACUACUUCAAGAUGAUCUUCAUUCACCAGUCCAGUGAGUGCAUAAAGAUCCAGCCCACCGACAUCCAGCCGGACGUGUUCAGCUUCCUGCUCCACAUCAUGUACACCGGCAUGUGUCCCAAACAGCCGGUGGACCAGAUCCGGUUACAGGACGGCAUCAAGUUCCUUCACGCCUACCAGCUGUGCCGGAAACCCGGCGAGGGCACGGCCGACGCCGCCGCCGACAUGGUCCGCAUGUCCAACCUGUACGGGAUCCAGAUCUCCUCCCAGCUGGCCAACAAGGAGGCAGCCGGCGUCCCCAAGACCACCACGGGGUCCGGGGGCACUGAGGACGGACGCUCCUCCGGCCGGGGGCGGUCCCACUCCCAGCUGGCCCUCGCCGUCGGACUGGAGGGGGUCCCCUCAGACCGCCAGGCCUCCGCGCUACGCAACGUCUGCUCCGUGGCGUCUGGAGACGACUCGGACAUCUCCACCCGCAUCAAGCAGGAGCGUGUGGAGGAGGAGGAGGGGGAGGAUGGUGAGGGGGAGGAGGGUCCAGGGGGGUCUCAGGGGAGCAGCCCCCGUCAGAGCCUCCUGUUCAAAGACCGGGACCUGGUCCUGCUGUGUCCCCGCUGUGGGGAGCGCUGCUUCCCCGAGGACCUGCGGGAGCACCUGUUCAGCCUCCACCGCGCCCGGCUGAUGGAGGAGCUGGACGGCGGCGUGGAGGAGGGCCCGGCGGGGGUCCAGCUGGACUCCGGGUGUCUGGAGGAGGCGCUGAGACAGAGCCAGGCACUCGCCAACCAGCUGGCUUUAGAGCUGAGGAGGAGCAGGGGGUCGGGGGGCAGCCCGACGCUCGCCGUCCGCCCCCGGCGACGUAAGGUGGCCUGCGCCGUCUGCAGCCUGCGGUUCCCCCACCGGAGCCAGCUGCAGGAGCACAUGUACACGCACACCGGCAAGCCCCCCCGCUACCACCGCUACCACCGCCUCUGCAGCCAGCUCUUCCAGGCCUCCGCCCACUUCUGCGAGGGCGGAGCCACGGAGCCGGGGGGCGGAGCUUCGUCCGGUGCCGCCGCGCUCUCCGAGGAGGUCAACAGGGACACGCAGGACAACGGCAGCUCCUGCUACUCGCUGGACUCCGAGGUCUCCCAGGAGAGCGCAGACGCCGUGCCGGUGGAGUGAUCCGGUACCUGUGCAGGUGUACCUCUGCAGGUGUACCUGUGCAGGAGUACCUGUGCAGGAGUACCUGUGCAGGCGUACCUGUGCAGGAGUACCUGGGAAGGUGUGUGUGGGAGUCAGUCACGUGAUCGUAGGGAGGACAAGUUUUACUUCAUCAAUUCUAGGACUGAGAAUCGUCGAUCCACAGGAAACUAAUCAGCAACUAUUUAUAAAAACGAUGAAUCGAGUUUUUUUAAGAAAACAAAUCUUCGGUUUCUUGUGAAUAUUUUCUGUUUUUUUACGAAGACGUCCUGCGGAUAAUUUUCUCGUCAUUCAUGUUUGUUUCUGAAUCCUGAUCUUCCCGACUCACCAGCGGACAGUGAACGCCUCAGUGACGAUGAGUUCAAAUGCUCCUUUAAUGUAAGGUUCAGUGUGUCGUCGUGUCUUUAGACCCAGAAGACUUUUAUUGUGAAAAGACGCAGCAGUG